AUGGCUUCCAAUAAUGUUUGGAUGGAUGAUGGACAGCAACAAAAUAACUGGUACUCUAAUCAAAACCAAGGACAAGGUCAAGAUAUGGGUUGGGGGCAAUUUGAUUAUUCUCAACCACAACAAACUACAAAUACGGCUGCUACUGGAAAUGAUUACUAUCAGAUGAACCAGGCCCAAUUUCAACAACCACAAUCCAACAAUUACAAUUAUUAUGGAGGUCAAAUGUUUGUGCCAAACAGUGGAAUCGGUGCUGUGCAAUCAGAUGGAGAAGAUUACGAAAACGAACCUCCUCUUUUGGAAGAACUUGGCAUAAAUUUUUCCCAUAUUAAAGAGAAAACUUUCGCUGUUCUUAAUCCAACUGGAACAGCGACCGCCGAAGUAAUUGAAGAUCAAGAUCUAGCUGGUCCAUUAGUUUUCUGUCUAAUUUUUGGAGCUGCACUAUUGCUUCAUGGAAAAAUGUCAUUCGGAUUUAUCUACGGUAUUGGAGGACUUGGAUGUGUCGGAAUGUACGCUCUGAUGAAUCUAAUGGCCGCAGAAAAAAGUAUUUCGUUUACCUGUACAGCAUCUGUUCUUGGUUAUUGUCUCUUACCUAUGGCUCUUCUUAGUAUUGUAACCGCUAUUUUGUCAUUUAAGGGUACUAUUGGUUAUUUAAUAUCUGCGCUUGCUGUAUUUUGGUGCUCCUCGGCAUCUUCGAAGCUUUUUGUGAUUGCAUUGUCAAUGGACCAUCAAAGACUUCUCAAAAUGACAAUCAAAAUGGAAAAACAAGAGCAAGAAGAAGCUUGGAUUGUUAAGCCUGUUCCUGGAUAUGUUUGCAAAUGGAAAAAUGUUAAAAUUGAUAGCAUUGGCGGAGAAGAAUCACGGAAAUGUUUUGUGAAUGUAUGUCACUGUCAGCAGAUUCCACCACCGAUCACCGAUUUAAACGAGGAAGAGCUGGCGGCGAAGCUCGAUUCAGGAGACAAUUCUUAUCGAAUUCCAAUCUGCAUUGGCGAUCUUGAGUGCAUUCGAGACAAAAAAGACGAAAAUGCUAUCAAAAUCGACGUUCUCGUUAACUCGGCAUUUUAUGAUUCACGGCUUCGUAGCCCAGAUUCCUUAUUUUUUCGUCAAUUUUUAGCAUUAGUUUUUUGCGAUAUGAUUCGAACAAAACACUGCAUUAAUCUUGACCCAAUGGCGUCGAUAACUCUCAAAAACCGUACAGUUGUUGGGGAAAUUGAAGCAUUUCGUCUAAAAAAAUCACCAGAGCAAAGAGUUGUCGAAGAAAUUGCAGAAGAAGGCAAUUCAACGUUGGAAAAUCCUUCAUCAACACAGAGAGAGAAAAGUGAAAAUUCGGAGAUUUCAAAAGAAGCACAUGAGAAUCCGACUGAAGUUAACAUCGACACGAAUCGUGGUUCUUCUCGAUAG